CACAAGUCCUCCUUUUCUUUUUGCGAAUACAGACUAACACGGCUGCUACUCUGAAACCUGUAUCUGUUCAGGUGUUAACUGGAUUGAUUUGUGUUGUUGACAAGGUGCUAUUUUACAUGACUAAUUAAUGAUGCCAGGUAAUUUUCCAUCCACAUGCUUGCACUUAGCAGGUCACUGAAUAAUUACUUUUUGGCACUUCUGAUGCAGCUGCACGCCAAUGCUGAGGGCAGACUACAGUUUAUUAAAGUCAAAUAGUCAGCUGUUUCUUGACCAGCACACAGUAAACUCGUUCAAUAGAGCAGGCAGGAAAGACUCCAAAUACGCUUCUCGUUCAGAACUUUAGGGUUGGCAUUUUCCACCCAUUUAUUUCAAAUUUAAAAUAUUCAUGAUUGUAUAAGAGUGUGUCAUUUAUCAAUAACCUAUUAUAAGCAUACUUUCUUCCUUUUUUAUUAUGAACUACAUUAAUUCAUAAAGUAGCCACCACUGUAGGAGCUGGGCUACAUUUACAUUGAAAAUAGGGACUUAAAUGUUUAAAUGACACUGUGGUGAAAGCAUUUGUGCUCUGAGCAGCAUUGGUGGUGAAUUACUGGUCUCAUUGUCUCUAGCCAGAGCCUUCAACACCUUCUUUGAAAGCUCCAUAUGUCUAGAAGUUAGGUCCCAUCUUGUAAGUUGCUCCACGUGAUCCCAGAAUCAGGGGCCAAGACAGUAAGUGAUGCAUUGGUGUGGGAACUAGAGGUGAGUGGGGGCGAUGCUGCAGUUUGGGGCUCUGCUGCUAGUCCCACUCCUCAAGUCCUGGCUGCUGCAGGCACCGUGAAAUAAAGAGUGAUAUUCACAAAGGUAUUUAGGUGCCUAACUCCCAUCAAUGUCAAUGGCACUUACAUAAGAGACUUCACAGCAGGAGUGGCAGCACCAGAAUCAAAUACAGGUGUUGUGCCUGCAAUAUUCACAACCCACCCACACAUCGCACAUCAAGAGUCGGGGCACCAAAAAUCAUGAGACUUCUUAAAAAGCAAUACCAUUUCAGGCAUCUUUAUAUUUUCCUUUUGGUAUUCCUCAGACAUUUCAGGUGCCACUUGCCACCAUGGUUUAAGAUUUCUUUCCUCCACCACCAGGAUGUUUUUUAAAUAAAAGCUGCGAUUCUUGUGCAAUCACUUGCACUAGGAGCUGGGGGGUUUUAAGGAAACAGAUCACAAAUGUGAUCAAAUAUGAGAAUCUGCAACACCGUGAGGACUUGAUCCCUGCAUGAACCAUCUGACAACGUUCCCUCCCAGUAAUAAGCUUGUUUAUUUUCAGCUCAACGGUGAGUAGUUAUAAAGAAAUAAAUUACUGAAAUCCCUAAAUAAUGGUCAGAUAUUAUGCAUGGGCCACACUGUCAAUUUAGGUCCAUUUUUAAAACUUGUUUUCUUUUCUUCUUUUUGUUAAACAAACAGUCAUGGUGGCACCAGAGGCAGCCAAUGGCCAGGGCCCCUUUAAACUGUUUGAAAUUAUGGAACAGCUGAUGUCUUCAUCAGAUUAACAUCUGAGUUGGUUUGGCUCCACAAUAAAUGCUAUAGGGACUCCUAGAAGCCUCAAGCUGUUUUUGGAGAUGUGCAACAGUGCUUGGAAAGGUAUCUCACUUUUGCCUCAAUGCGUCCCACCUUUCAGAGAGUACAGCAAGGAGGGGAUUAAAGAAGUGUGAUUAAUCAGACAGCACUGGGUAAUGUGAGGUUGAACUCUUCAUGUGCCCCUCUGGGCAAGGUGUGUGUCUAUCAGAUAAGCAAACUAAUCAGCUUUAAAACUAUGUUCCAUCUGGGGCAGAAUCCUUGCUAAGCAUGACAUCUGCAAACGACCUCUUCAGUUUUUGGAUAAACUUCUACCAACCAAAAUCAGCGAGAGCGUGUGGUGCCAAUUUGCCUUCAGUAGUAACAUUUAUUUGUUUUUACUAACAAAUGAUUUCUUCAAACAAAAGGGAAUUUUACAACAGAGUGGAGUCCGCAUGUGGGAAGCUCAUUUGUUCUUUGUUUACAUGUACGGUGAGCUGUGUUGGUCUCUUCUGUAUAGUCUAUAUGCACAGUGCUUGCCAUACGCAUCAGUCAACUGCUGAUCCAAAGAAUAAUGAGCCGAUCAAGACAUGUGGGCAAAAUAAGGAAGGCUGACGAGAUCAAGAAUCAGUCAGUCAGGCCAAUAAAAGCAGAUUUCAGCCACCAUGAAAGCGUAAGGCUAGCUACUGAUGCCCUUUUGGAUGGUGGGACUGAAUCUUAUCUCCAAGCCCUUAAAUGAAGAAGGAGAGUGGAUUUUCUGUCUUCCGUGAAGUUCAGUAUAUCAAAAAAUAUGCCAGAGGAGCCUUACUAUGCUAAUGAAUCUCACGCAGAGAAAGAGACUGGACCAAGGCAGAAUGAUGCUGGCUCUCUCCAGUCAGGAACAUACUUCCCUAUAUCUGAAGGUAGUGAACCAGCCCUGCUUCACACCUAGACAGCAGAGAAGCCCUAUCUAAAGGAGAAAUCCAGUGCCACUGUGUUCCAAACAGAAAAGAACAGCAACAUCAGAGACAUUAUACGUCGCUGUAUCAGCAAGACCAGUCAGGUCUCUGCCAUUAUGAUGGAUAUUUUCACUGAUACUGAGAUAUUCUGUGAUGUGCUAGAGGCUGCUAACAAACGAGGUGUUUUUCUCUAUCUGUUGCUUGAUCAAGCAAUAUGAAAGCUCUUCAGUGAGAUGUGUGACAAGCUGCAGAUCGGAGAGGAUCACGUCAAGAAUAUUUCAAUCCGAAGUGUUACUGGAGAGGUUUACUGUGCCAAGUCAGGCAGGAAAUUCUCAGGGCAAAUCCAGGAAAAAUUUAUCAUCUCUGAUUGGAGAUAUGUUCUCUCUGGAUCAUACAGCUUCACAUGGUUGUGUGGCCAAGUUCACCGAAACUUCCUUUCCAAGUUCACUGGCCAAGUUGUAGAGCUCUUUGAUGAAGAGUUUCGACAUCUCUAUGCUUUGUCCAAGCCAGUGAUGGGACUGAGAUCUCCCACACACACAGUGCCCUUCUUACUAAACAAGAGCACCACCACCCAAGACAGCCUCACUAGCAGCAGUAACCAGGGAAGUGCCAAUACUCCUUCAGAUCCAUUCAGUAGCUUGUUGGCUAAUAGCACAUAUCAAACCAGACAACUCUCCAGAACUCACGUGUACAGCAGCAACCCAACAUCACAGUCACCACUUCAUAGAGGUAACUCCUUCCAUGGCUACACCUCAUUCAUGUCAACCCAACCUUGGAAGGCCAUCCAAACCAGCUAUCAUCAGUGGCAGUUUGGUACUGAUACCCUAGCAGUCCUUUAUAACAACGUUAACAUCUACAAACCUAUGCAACUUAGACAAGAUGAUGUAAACAGGUCAAGGUUAAACCCAGUGUGGAGAUGCCUUUAUAAAGCUAACCUGAUUACAUAACCACCUUGUUUUGUAUUGCAAAUGUAUUGAAGAUUCAUUUUAGCAAUAGCCUGUUUAAUGAUGAAUACUCAGCAUAGAAAUUAUGUAUAAUACAAAAGGGGGAGAUUUGCAAGACUGUGUUCUCUCUUUAUUUUGUUUUAAGCCUUAGGGAUGAUAGUAUGUUUCAGUCACAAAGGACAACCACCACCAAAUGUUCCUCAAAUUAAUAAAACCUAAGUCUGCUAGCACUGAAACCUUGCAUUUAUGAUACCACCAUUUAGGAAUAGUAGUAGCAGCAUUGUUUAAAAUGUCAGGUACAUCGAUCUGCCCUUACAUAAUGUAUUUGUGGUCAGGUGAUUAGCAUUGCCAAAUGAAAAUGGAUAAAACAACAGUUUGAUGAUGAUGAUUUUUAUGUGCUUGUGAAAUCUUCUAUUUAUUCACUAAAGAUACUGGCAGCAGCAGUGCAAGUUCUCUCAUUCACUGCCAACAUGCCUCAAUCCUGACUUGGAAGGAUCACUUGAAGAGCUGAGAGUAGCACAGCCUCCAUCUCUAUUCAGUCUUUGACAUCUCUGCUGAGACGGAUAACAAGGGUACCAGUUGUGGCCAUGCUUUCUGUGAACAGACC